AUGGACGCAAAGGAAGUCAGCACGCGCAUACAUUCGCUGCAGAAGGCCUUAGCAGACAAGCAGCCCCCGUCGGUCAUCAUAACCAUGCUGGAAACGCUGAAGAAGGAUGUUGUUCCAACCGAGGAGCUUUUAAGGACUACUAAGGCUGGUAUCAUUGUUUCGAAGCAAAAGGCAAAUCCCAACAAGGAGGUCGCAAAGCUCGCCUCAGAGAUUGUCCAAAAAUGGAAGCAAAUCGUUCAGGGUGGCCACAAGAAGAAAGUGGCAGCUCCUGCCGGAUCAUCACCUCCAAAAUCGAACUCUCCAGCGCCUGCAAAUGAGAGCAAGUCAUUCAAAGGCGACGUUACAAAGAGGCGCUGGGAGACAGAGAAGGUGGAUAUUGCGCGGACAGGCACACCAUCUCGAGAUGCUUGUAUUGGACUCAUCUACAACGGAUUGGCUUUCAUGUGCGAGGAGUCAUCUACGAGUAUCAUGAUCAAAGCCAUGGAAAUUGAGCAAGCAGCAUACGAUACAUACAAAGGCGACAACGCCGACUACCGCGCCAAGCUCCGCUCCCUCUUCCAAAAUCUCAAGCACAAGGACAACCGAGAGCUAGGUCCAAAAGUGCUAUCUGGCGAGAUUCCACCAUCUAAAUUCGUUGUCAUGGGUCAUGAAGAGCUGAAAUCCUCGUAUCGCAAAGCGGAAGAUGCAAAGCUUCAGAAGGAUAACAUGAAGAAGGCGCAGGUGCCGAUGGCCGAGAAGAGUGUCAGUGAUGCGCUGAAGUGUGGAAAGUGUGGUCAGAAGAAAGUCAGCUACAGUCAGGCUCAAACUCGCAGUGCUGAUGAACCUAUGACUACUUUCUGUGAAUGCACAGUGUGUGGUAAUCGCUGGAAGUUUUCUUGA